AGUAGGUGUAAAUACAAAGUGCAACGAGGAACUGGGCAGAUUAUAAAGGCAGAAGAGUGCAUUAUAAACAGAUGGGAUGAGCUCGGUGUGUCUUCUGGUGGUGGGUCAUCACGCAUUCUAACGCAUAAACUUGAGAAGGGAAAGUUUGAGUUUGAUGUCGGAAGUACAAUAUUAACUAAUGCCAUUCAUUUGGAGUGUUUAAGACAAGCUGCCUCUGCAUUGUUUAGCACUGCUUGCUAAAUUAAUCUGCUGUCAAAGAACAUUUAAGACACUGAAUUAACAACGAUGUCCAAGAUGAGCAGUGGACAGAGGAUGUUCCUCAGCGGGGUGGUGGAAGGGUUUUAUGGGCGCCCGUGGACUAUGGAGCAAAGGAAGGAGCUGUUUAGGAGGGAACAGAAAUGGGGAUUGAACACAUACCUCUAUGCCCCAAAAGAUGACUACAAGCACAGGAUGUACUGGAGAGAGCUGUAUACCUCAGAGGAGGCAGAGCAACUGAUCACCCUCAUUUCUGCUGCGAAAGAACAUGACGUUGAGUUUAUUUACGCCAUCUCACCUGGGCUGGAUAUUACAUUCUCGAACCCUAAAGAGGUUGCUGCUCUUAAGAGAAAGCUAAGUCAGGUGUGUGAAUUCGGCUGCAGAUCCUUUGCUCUGCUUUUUGACGACAUUGAGACAGAAAUGUGUGCUGCUGAUAAGGAAGCCUUUAGCUCCUUUGCUCAUGCACAGGUGUCUGUCACCAAUCAGGUGUUUCAGCAUCUGCAGGAGCCCCAGACUUUUCUCUUCUGCCCAACAGAUUACUGUGCUGCAUUCUGUACCCCUAAUGUAAGCCAGUCUUCAUAUUUACACACUGUUGGAGAGAAACUCCUGCCUGGGAUUGACAUUCUCUGGACUGGGCCAAAAGUGGUGUCCAAGGACAUUACUGUGGAGUCUAUUGAGGAGGUGUCCAGUGUUCUCAGAAGGCCACCAGUGAUUUGGGAUAACAUCCAUGCAAAUGACUACGACCCCCAGAGGAUGUUCAUGGGACCCUUCAAGAAUCGGCCCACAGAACUAAUCUCCAAACUUCGAGGAGUUCUCACCAACCCCAACUGUGAAUUCGAGCUCAAUUUUGUGGCCAUUCAUACACUAGCCACUUGGUGCAAAUCAAACAUGGGACAGAAAGAUGUUUCUAUGGAUGGUGAGGAUCAGGGAUCUGACUACAACCCCAAGGAGGCUUUGCGGCUUGCCUUAACUGAUUGGCUAGUUGAGUUUGGUGUGGCUGAUCAACCCGAUGUGUCCCGUGCUGGCAGUGGUCGUGCUAAGAAAGAGUCGCCUGAUGAGGAGCCCAUGCAGACAGAUGAGUAUGUGCCGGGACCCAAAGAUAACCCGCUGUACACAGCUGAGCCACUCACCCUGGAGGACCUAACGCUGCUCGCUGAGCUCUUCUACCUACCCUAUGAAUACGGCCCCACCGCCCUGACCAUGCUGCAAGAGCUGCAUUGGCUAAGGGGCAACAGUGACGCUGCCACAUUUGGCCCUGUGGUAGCUGAAAACAACAAGGCCAAAGAAUGGCGAGAGAGAGCCGAGCACUUUGAAGAUAUGUGUGCUGCAGUUGUCCGGAUGUUUAACAGGCUGUCGAACGCACCCAACAGAAUGAUACUUUACGAUCUGUACAACUACAUCUGUGACAUAAAGAGUGGUGUGUCCUUAGCCAGGGCAUUCGUCAACAGUUUGGGUGGUGGUAAUCCUCCUCCCUCUAACAUUAUAAAUGAUGACCCGGAGCCAUGGGGCUUUAGAGGUGGACUUUCCGGAGAGUUCCAGAGGAUGCUUCCGUGCCACGGGAAUAGAGAUCUCUUUCGCACCCCUCCUGCCACUAGAGUGUACACUAUUCGACCAUGUACCCCUAAAGAUAAGUCUGAGGUUUUGAGAUUAUCCAAGGAGAUGCAGACUGAGACACAACAGCAAGUUGCAUUAAUUGGUGACAGGCUGGUGGAUGGUCAGAUUGCUCCAUCUAAGCACUGUGACCUGGUGCUGGAGGACGAAGUCGGCGUCUGUGGUUUCGCUUUUGCCCUCACCGAUGCAAAGACAGCCAUGACCAAAUCCCAGUAUCCAGAAACGAUGCUGAGGGAUUUCCCCUCUCUCAUGAUUAUUCAAAUCCACCCAAGAGUACCAGAUCCCAACACUGCCAAGCGUCUGAUUGGCAACAUUCUUUCUUCACUACAAGAAGCUGGCUCCACUGGUGUUUUCUGCGAGUUCAGAUCUAACGACAGAAGAAUGUUAGACUUUCUCAGGACUCUGGGUCUGCUCCAAGUGCUUACAGUGGAAGGACUACAAACAGGCUUGGUCAUCAUGGGAACAAAACUGUGAAUAAUCGUGUAUUUUUCAGACAUUAAGAUGUUGAUUUAAGUCCACACACUGCUUUUAUUGUUCAACAGAAAUAAAAACUUGACAUGGAUAUAUGUUUCUAAACUUCA